CAGAAAAUUAACAGUCAGUCAGUAUUGAGUAAUUUUCACUGGAUGAUCUUCUAAAACCUAGACUGUCAGACCUGAGCGCUGUUAAUCAGUAAAAUCACAGAAAAUAAAACGUUGGAAGUCAAACGUCCUAAACAUGGAAACUACUACUCCAGAUUUCAUAUACCCUGAUUUGGUGACUCCCUGCCCACAAACCAUACAGAGUCUGAACAGCAUGGUUUUGGUCUUAGUUUAUGCCAUAGUCUUCUGUCUGAGCUUGCCAGGCAACAUGGUGGUGAUAUUCGUGGUGAAUUGCAUGGAGAACCGCAGGACGUCAACUGACGUUUACCUGAUGCAUUUGGCCAUCGCCGACUUGCUCUUUUCUUUGACACUCCCAUUCUGGGCUACUUACUUUCACGUCGGCCACUGGAUGUUUGGCACAGUUAUGUGCAAACUGAUUUCAGGCUUGCAGGAAGCUACAUUUUACUGCUGCGUCUUUCUUCUGGCAUGUAUUAGUAUCGAUCGCUACCUGGCCAUCGUGAAAGCAACCCAAUUUCUUGCCCAAAAACAGCAUCUGGUGGGAAAAGUGUGUGCAUUGGUGUGGCUGUGUGCCUUUAUGUUGUCCUUGCCCAUUAUGAUAAAUCGUGAGGCCUUUGCGUCCAGUUAUACGGAUCAAUAUAUAUGCCAUGACAAUUUGACCGCAGAAAACAUGGACAGCUGGAGACUGAGUUGGCGGAUUCUCCACCACACUUUGGGAUUCUUCCUGCCAUUGGCCGUCAUGAUUUUCUGCUAUGGUUUCACCAUCUGCACACUUUGCCGCUUGCGCAACAGCCAAAAACAGAAGGCCAUGCGGGUCAUCCUAUUCGUCGUGUUGGCUUUCAUUGUCUGCUGGCUACCCAAUAAUAUUCUAGAGUUAACAGACAACCUGAUGCGAGGCGGCCAUGUGAAGGAAACGUGUAAACUGAGAGACCGUAUAGACGUUGCCUUGUACAUCACGCAGGCAUUGGCCUUCACCCACUGCGCGAUAAACCCUAUCUUGUAUGCCUUCAUUGGAAAGAAAUUCCGCAACCAGCUUUUGAAGUCUCUCUUUAAGAAAGGCCUGUUGGGGAGAGACACAAUGUCGAAAUAUCGAGUAGGAUCUGCUUAUAGCUCUGCAAGCACUAGGCAGAUGUCAGUGACUCUGUAGUCAGCUGUGUUCCUCUGUAAUAUUAAAAUGAUAUGUAUUCUUCCUCUUCAUGCUUCUUUUAAAAACAUAGUUUAGCCAGAAAAUGUUAUAUCAUCCCUGUCAUGAAAAUACAGAGCUUUAAGGUUGGGUCAGUAAAGACAGAAUUGUCAUUUUUAAGAGGUAAAAUAAAAGUGUGCUUGUGUAUCUUUGACUUUCUCUGGCUUUUUUAGUGAUAAUGAUCUUUGAAAGGUUUUUCUUUGGUUUGAGGCAAAAUGCCGAGCUUGUGCUUUUUCAACGCUGUGUACAUAUCAGUAUGAUCUGUGUAAAACACUCUGCAGAGGUUUCUGUUUUUGUUGGAAAAGUGUAACAGGCGAAUGUAGAUAUUUUCUGUUUUGUUUAUUUUUCAUCUGUAUUUUACCUGUAAUUUAAAAAAUGUUUAAUGUCUCUUAUGCUCACCUGCAUUUAUUUGAUCAAAAAUAUCGUAAAACAGUAAUAUUGUGAAAUUUUAUUACAUAAAAAUGUAAUUUAUUCCUGUGAAUUUUCAGCAUCAUUACUCCAGUCUUGAGUGUCACAUGAUCCUUCAGAAAUCAUUCUAAUAUGCUGAUUUGCUGCUCAUGAAACAUUACCGUUACCAAAAAAAUAAAAAUAAUAAACAAUAAAAAAAAGUGAAAGGUUUUAUUAGUUGCUUGUUUCAGGACAUGCUAUUUUUGUUCUUACUCUGAAUUAAUGUAAAAAAAAAAAAAUGUUUUGGCUUCACAUGUCUAAAUAAAGCUGCUUUCGAAAAAAAAAAA